GCCUUCUGGAUCACCAUCGCCACGAGCAGGUACCAGGGCCCCGUGCACUUCGCGCUCUUCGUGUCCGUGCUCUUCUGGCUGCUGACCCUGGGCCUCUACUUCCUCACGCUGCUGGGCAAGCACGAGCUGGUGCCCGUGCUGGGCACGCGCUGGCUCCUGGUCAACGUGGCGCACGACCUGCUGGCGGCCGCGCUCUACGGUGCCGCGACGGGCAUCAUGAUCGACCAGACGCAGAGUCACAGCUACUGCAACCUCAAGGAUUACCAGAUGUCCUGCGCCUACCACGCCUUCCUGGCGGCCGCCGUCUGCGGCGGCCUCUGCCUCGGCCUCUACCUGCUCUCGGCGCUCUACGGCUGCUGCCGCCGCUGCCAAGGCGAGCAGGAGGUGGCGUGAGGCCACUACGCCGCGGGGCGGGGGACCCUCCAGAGACCAGCGCCCCAGUCCUCCCUGCCGCCGCCGCCGCCCCGCGCCCGUGCGCCCUGGCACCCUCCCCUUGCCCUGCGUUUCCGCCGCAGCCCGCGCCCAGACGCCCUGACACGAAGUUCGCUCCCGGCGGCAGCGCCACCGCCCAGAGUCCGGAUCGCUGCAUCGGACGCGCAGUCUCCAGGGACCAGGGCAGGGCUACAUCCGAGGGGCGGACGCGCACUCUCAGACCGGCCGCCCGGAGGCGAAACCUUGCGGUUCCUCUUCCCCUUCCCUGCGGAGAGCGAGACGUGGACAGGCGCCGCGUAGAUCCGGGGGAGGCUCCCAAAUUGCAACCAGUCUUCUGGCUGCGCCGCUUUCCCCUCCCUCACGCCCCGCGGUCGGAAGAGCACCCCUUUCCCGGCCCCUCUUCCAGCCUCGAGUGCUGUAAAAGGCGGGCACGCCGCCGCGGGCGGAGCUGGGGACAGGCCUCCGCUGGUCCCGGAAGGAGCGACGAGUUUGGUUUCAGCUUGAGAUUUUGCGGGCAUCCUGCGCAGUCCUUCCUGGCGCAUCCCUCGGUGCUUUGAUGUCGUGGGGUGGGGCCCGUUUGCAAGGUGAGGUUGGACAGGAAGGGCCCGCAGGCUGUACCAUUAUACUUUUGGAGUCUCUCUCCUCUGCCUGCUCAGCCUUUGUCCUUGCGGUUCCUGGAGGCCAGCCUAACGCACACUAGCUUCCCUGGCCUUGCUUUCCUCUCACAGGCUUCUGCUCCAUCCCUACCUCCCAACAUCUUUUGCCUUAGAGAUCCCACAACGCCGUCAAGGAAUGUUAGGGUGAGCCCCACUCCUUCCUUUUGGAUGGAGACAGAGCCCCACUCCUUCCUACAGAUGGAGACAGAGCUUGCUCUUGGGAACAGCCAGAGUAAGAUUAGAACCCCAUCCCUGGACUUACAGUCCAACGCUGUUUACAUUAAAGCAGUGGGUGUUCUCAGGAAUCCUGGCUCAGCAGCUACCCUCUAAAAGAGGGUUGCCAGACCAAAUGGGUUUGUCAUUUGUCAAAGGUGCUGUCUCCCCUUCUUGGAGAUUCACGAUGCUCAUUAGCAUAUCAAAGGCUCUGAGAAGUCCCGCUGUAAAAGAAGCCCAAGAAAUUUAGUUUCCAGCGUUAACUGCUUCUGGACCCGGACCAGUUUUUCCCACCUUGAGGUUCCCAGCAGCCCUGUGCUGUCAUUCAUUCCUAAGGGGCCCAACUCCUUGGCUACAGUCCGUGUGAAGAUUUGGGAGCUCUCUCUUUCCCAGGGAAUUUCUCUAGCAGAGGAAGAAGACAGCUGCUCCUGCCAGGCCCGCGAGAGGCCUGGGAACUGGCGGAUUUGAACAUUCCUUCACGUUGUUUGGGAAAGGAAGCCAAGGUUACCCGGAUGGCUUCCCAGUCAAAAGAAGCAGCACCUGUAAGAGAUCCUGGCAUUGACCGUGAGCAGGGGUCACGCUCACCAAAGAGAAGACAACUCUGGCGCUGGGGUGAGCAGCUGGCCCGGCGUCUGUCAGGUGUCCGUGUUGCUGAGGCCAGGCAGAUUCCUGGAGCCGGUCAUGCCCACCUCUCCCAGGGCCUGCUUCCCUGGGCGGGCAACACCAUUCUGGCCUGGGCCAGCUGAGAGUUUCAGAGUGGGGAGAGGGAACGGCCUCUGCCCAGCAGGUUCUGUUCAACACCAUCCAAUGGAAGAGCUAAGAUGGGUGGGGAUUCGUUUUGCCUUAACACAAGAGAAAUCCUGAUUCUCCUCAUGCUAUCACUUGAGGACAAGAUUCCAGACCCCUGAAACUGAGCUGUGUGCCUCUCUACCCUAAACAAUGGGUUUUAGCUCCAGCUUUUGUUCCUUUUCUCUUUUUUUAGAUCACUAUCUAUGCUGCAUACUCAGCACAGAUCCAGCCCCCCAAGGACCUCUUCUUUGCCCCUCCACCCAUGGUGCUCUGUCUGUGGUCAGUUGACUUUACUCAGGAGCAGACAGUUCCUUGCCCUUCAUGGUACCCUAUCCAUCCAGAUGUGCCUGAAACAUUCCAGGGCUCACUGGCUCUUCUAGAUGUGCCUUCCCACUUGGCCUCCAGCUGCUUCUCCAGAUGUGAGGAGGAUGUGUAAGAUGGCCCCCACACCUAUCCCCUCCUCCCCUUCGAGGCGUUGUGCCAUAGGAGUGGCCACCUGACCUGGCCCGGAACUUUUGGGUACUGGAGGCAUCUCAUUGGCCUCCGUCUUUGGAGUCCAAGACUCAGUCCAGCCUGAUACCACCGUGGGCUGCUCUCAACCCAGACCUCUGGGACCACUUGCGGACCCAGGAGAUGAUGUCCCCAGUUUUCAAAAAGGGCAAAAGAAGGGGGGGGGGGGGGGGGGGGGGGGGGGGGGGGGGGAGAGGGGACCGAUGUGCCUCAUUCAGUAGUUUAGUGGUGAAUACUAAUAUGCUUUUCUAAAUAAAGUUUGAUUUGUCUGA